AUGACUGAGCAGAGCAAGCUAGCCACCACCCAAGCUCCUUGCUGCUGCUCGUUCUCCCUAUUCCAUCCCUACACCACCUCCUCGCUCGCAGAGCAAAGCAAACAAAGAAGAAGCCAACCAGUAGAGAAGAAGCAGGGAAGGCGAGAGGUGAGGAGGUGGCGCCUGAAGCAGCAAUGGGAACGGACCUGGGGUUUGAGGAGAAGGAGCUCUGGCAAGAGGGGCUUUGCUGAGACCAUCAACCUCAAGCUGAAGCUGGAGCCGGCGACCCCCGCGGCCGUCGUGAAGGCGGAAGAGGACCAGCAGGACGACGGUGCUGCCAUUACCACCGCCAAGGAAGCCGUGGCUGCCGUGGAGGAGGCCAGCGGGAAGAUGAAGCGGUCCCCACGCUAG